UCUACAGUAUUCCUAUUACAAGCAAGGUGCUUUCCAUUUCAUGUUUACUCCAUUGAUUAAACAUAUGAUAAUCAAACAAGGGGGCAAAGUCUUUUGCAAACACCCAUUCCCAUUGUGCUAAAGUCCAUGCCAUAUUGAAUAUCACACCCAAGCAAUUAAAAAAAUUGAACACAAUUCCUAAUCUCUAAUCAUUCUUUCAAGGAAAAGAAUCGUGCUCUACAAACUGGGGGAAAUGUCACUUUAAUGUGAUGGAAAGGGGAAUACUAGCUAUGGAACAUGUCUUUAUCAUUUUAUAAACCUGUAAUUUCUUCAUUCUGUAAGUUACAACCUGGGAUCUAAAAUCUACUUUUAAUCGAGAGCUGCAGGACUCUAAUAAGUAGCAGAAUAUAACAUGUCUUGAGCAUUAAAAAAACGCAACAUUACAGAGAACGGUAGUUAGAGGCUUUGACAGCCCUAUGAACUGAAAAACCUGAAACAACAAUGGUUAAAAAAAGUAUAGUAACUCUCUACGUGGUGGCAUCGUCGUCUUCACUGGUCAUUUUAGCAUUUUCGUUGACAUCGCUCUUCUCACCGAACUGGUCCGUGUGUACAGCCAUCAGAAAUGCCACUGGUGCACCUGAUGAUGUGAAGGAUCCACCAAAUGACCCUUUCUCGGGACUCGUCACAUUUGGGGUCAUAUACGGGCACAAACAAUUCAACUAUGGGUAUGGAGCACGGGAUAGACAAUCUUUUCUUGUUUUCCAGGAGUACGAUGGUGUAUUCGAAACAAGCUACGUGAUCGUAUCCCUCGUCUUCAUGGUAUCAACCGUGAUCUUCGCUGGCGUGUCUCUGUUCUUCGGAGUCAUCAAUGCCAAGAUGGUUCCAAUAGAAACCAUACAUGGACGACCAGGACUCUUCUUAUGGAAUGGUAUUGGAUUGUUCUCUGGCCUAAUUUCGACUAGCAUCUUCGCUGUCCUCUACGCCAACGAGCUGAAAUUCGAAUGUCUAAGCGAAGCGGACCGUGAAGACAGGUUCUCCACUCAUCGUGCCAUCCUGGGCUACUCAUUUUGGUUUCUCGUCGUCUGCGAUGUCCUCUUCCUCGUCAACCUCCUCCUCGUCUACAUCACCCAGCUUAUCGACGAGCCCCCAAAGUUUCUCAAACGACGUCGAACAGCCGAUAUCAACGUCGAACCACCCAUUGAGCUUAAAGAUGGGAUAAUGUAUUAGAUCAUUCUGCCUCCUCCCGGUGGAGUCAUCAUGAAGGAACUUCUCCAAUGUUAUUAUUUGAAAGAGUAUGUUUUAGGAAACAGUUACCAUAGGAAGUGCGUCUCAGCCAAUCAAAUUCUUCGAGGAAAGAGGUAAGAUCUGAAAGCUUGUCAAAACACAAAUGUUUGGUGAAACACUUUCCUGAUCGAUCAAAUGGUCCAGUAUCAAACUUGUGACAUUGAGCUUCGUAUACUAUCCAGAAAUUGCCCACGAUUUUUUGUUCCAAUUAUUAACAUUUUGGAGAAUCUUAACAUUUUUUUACAACCACAACUUGAGUUUAUCACAGUCAACAGGCCGACACAGUUACAAUGGUUUCAAUGACUGUUAUAGCAAGAACCAUUUAAAUUUUUAUAAUUAUUAUACUCAGAAAAAAAUUGUGCUGAAUAUCGUGAAGUUUAUAACAAAAAAACUUUUACUUUCUCGUUUUGGUGAUUCUCUAUAUUCUUUCAGAGUCGCUCCCCGAUAACUUAGUCCAACUUAGAUCAUUUAGACAAAUUAUAUCUGAUAUCUAACAUACAAACAAGGCUCUAAACACCGGGCGUUACACACGAACGGGUACCAUGUGCCUAAAGAAAAGCAGGUAUGAAAUGGGAAGUAAGCAGGUAUGAAAUGGGAAGUUAGCAGGGCCUGAAAUGAAGCAAAAGCUGCGAAGACUGGCACCCCUGCUAUAACAUCCAGAGACUGUCCUGGACAGUUCUGGAUAAAUUUGUCAAAGUUUGGGUAUUGUCAUGUUUAUUGGAAUAAUUGGUGGAUCAAUGGAUCAUGCUAAAUGAUAAAUAUUGUACAUUUCCAUGUUAAAAAAAUAGGGGAAAGUUGUUUGUACUUUGUAUUAAGUAUCUCGAAGCUGUAGGGCGAAGAUUGCAUGAGUUGCAACAAUUAUUGAAAUUGGCAAGGCCAAUAGUGGCUGAAUUAAAUGCAUUCAUUAUGAGAGAAGUGGUAGGAAAUUAGUUUGGACAUCCAGUAUGGAUUCUAAUACGUGCCUUUCUAAUAAUGACAGCGUAAUGGACAAUAACCAAGCGAAAGUUCCAUCACAAAUAACUGAAAAAAGUUACAAUGCAUGAUUGCUACACACAAUUUAAGUGUACAAAAUAUUGACACAAAAAUAUGAGGGUAAGGUUACUCCCACUAUCCUGAAUAAAUGAUUUAUGGAACUGCGUUAGUAAUAAGUGUGUGUAAUUAUUCUAAUGUUGUGUAUUAUGUUUUAUAAGACAGUGAUGUGGGUCCAUGGUAUCUGAUAAACCAUCCUCAUCUUAAAACCAUGACUGGUCAAUAGCACUGGUCAUUAGCACAUUUUCCUGUUAUAGCUAAAAUAAAUGACUGGUCACAUGACAGAUUUCAGCCAAUCAUUUGAUUAGGGUUCAUGUAAACAUUUUAUAAAAUCAUCUUGCCAGGUGGUGGGGAGAAGAUAACUAAUAGCAUAUAGCUGAAGUGUUGUCUCUCUCAAAAGAAAAAGAGCAAAAUGGAAGGAAAUUAUAUAUAAGAUAAUGGUAAUCAUUUACAUAUAUAUUAUUUACCCAGGGUAACUUCUUGACCAUUUAUAUGCUGAUUUUCUGUCCAAGAAUAAAAAGAGAACAUUGUAUAGUGUCAUUUGCUGAAUUGAUCUGUGUGAGAAAUCUGUUUAAUAAGAGUAUAGUUUAAUGCUUAAUAAAUGGAAAUUAAAACCUAUUCACUAC